AUGACGACGGUGUUGUUAGCAGUAGAAGCAGUUGUGUUAGUGACAACAAUAUUUGGGGGUGCAGCCGAGACUUCCAUAGAAGCAGCCAAUUCCCCCUGUAGUGAAGUAAAGUACCUUGAGAAGCUCAUCAUGCACUUUGAAGGCCAGAUUUCUCAAGCGCGGCAACGGGCGUCAGAAUUAAGCGACGACUAUUCUCUCCUAACGCUGGCAGCAGCAUGUGACCCAAGCGAGACAAAAGCAGCACAAUACACGGCAAUCGCAGCACAGACAAAGGAGGCAGAAUACGAACAACGGGCAGAGCUAACCAAGCACGAGCAAGCAAUCAAAGGACUUCUAGACACGCUGAAAUCGCGAGCAGAGCAAACCAGAGCUUUGCUGCACGCGGAGCAUGCAAAGUUGACACCAGGGACAGCGACAGCUAGCCAGACAUCGCAGCCGGGUGUCUCAACCAACAGCGACGAACAAUGCACGGUACCAACAACGCAGCCAAGUGCGAAACCGGAUACGUGCGACACAGAAGCCGGCAGCGGCGAUCAUGUAGACGCGGCGGUGGCCGAGCUUCCGACACUAAAAAAUAUCAAGCUUGUUCCAGACAGCAGCUUUUUACCGCCGGCGUACGACAUUGUCGUAGCCGGAGUCGGCAACCUAGGGUCUGGGGGAAAGCUAUCGGAGUACAAAGGGGCAGCAUGUGCUGCGCCGGCCGACAACACCAAAGUUUACGGCAGCUUGACUAGAGCUCUUGGCAUCAAAUCGAUCACGAAGAAAGCAGCGGCCGCCGAGGCGACAGUCAGCCAGCAGCUGUGCGCUUCACCCGACGGCAGCGGUGACUGCGUAGACACAAGUGCUGAUACAAAAAGCCAUCUGCAAACACAGAAAAAAGUCGCGAACGCCAUAUGCCAACACAAAGCUGCAACAAUAAAAAUAUUUGAACGCCCCAUACGCAAAAGCAAGGCAACAUUAGCCAGCGAAGGUAGCAUGAGAGCACUCUCACAGCUUCUAAAAAAAGGAAAAGUCAACACAAAAGAAGAACCUACCAGCCAAACAGAGGCAGUUAAGGCUCUACUUCCAGCAGGAGAGUCAACUCUAACCGCAGAUCUGGUAGAUCCCUUGGAAAAUGAAGAAAUCACUUACGACAAAGAUAACAACCCUGUAAAAACAAUGAUCAAAGACGCCAACAAGGCUGGAAAGCUCGCCACAACACUCGCUUUUUGUUUCGGCAGACAACAACGGAGAAAAUCAGCGAUAACAGCCCAAAAGGAAGUUUCAGAUACUAAAACAGAAAAAAAAUGCAAAGACACCGAAAAAAAUAAAUGCACAGCUGAUAAAGAUUGCGAAUACAGCGAAGGAAAAUGCAAACUUAAAGAGGGAGUGAAAGUGGAAGGAAAUGAUAAGAAAACUGCAAACACCACAGGAAGCAAUUCUUUUGUUAUUAAGAAGACCCCUCUUUUGCUUGAAUUUUAA